GCGUGUGCGCGUUUGUGUGCGUGCGUGCGUGCGUGCACCUCUCUUGCCUGCAGCCGCUGCAAGUCGCACCGAGCUAACAGCGGCUUUUGUGCGUAUGAUGCACCGUGGUGGACGCACCUGUGAGGAGCAGAAAACCAGCCCGGUAUACAGCCAGCCCAGCCCGGUUACCGGUCACCGCCUGGUGCUCACCGCCGCUCCGCCGCUCUGCCGCUCCAGCAGCCGGAACACUGCUGCUUUUAACGGGAUCCUGGAUGUUUGUUCAAACUACGGCUCUGUGGAGUUUACCAUCUGGAUUUUAUGACUUGGAUACUGGUCGGUGAUGUGUUGAACUAAGUGGUGGAGCUAAGCGAGGCCAACGGAUCCCUUGUCAACUCCAUUUCCCAGCGGACAACAUGAAGAAGGAAAUUCCACUCGCCCUGAUAGCCAGAGAAGUCCAUUCCAUCAGACCUUGCACCAUGAGUCUUGAUAGCAUCUGUUCUGAAGUGUGAAAAAAACGGCAUUAAAACAUCACCACCUCCUCCUCCUCCUCCUCCUUCUCCUCCUCUCUCCCCGUCGGUCCUCUCUUUAACACCUGAGGAGGAAAACAACUAUUCCUCCAUACAAGCACUGCCUAGCAACUACUGGACAAUUUACUGAUGUAAAUUACGCCGACCCUAAGACUGUUAACCACAACGACUGUUCUCCUGCUACUUCCCUUUUCCCUUUCAAAACCUAUUUUUAUAAUAAAUAUUUAUCAGAAUAUAUCUCUGCACAUAUUGUGGAUAAAACUGUGGAAUCCCUGAUAUUCAGACUGACCAUCCCUAAGAGUUCAAGACACCUUCUCGGAUUAAUACAUUCUUUGCAGCUAUGGGUGUUGUAAGUUUUUCUAUCAGUCUGCAAGUGUUGCUCAGCACAUGUCUGGGACUGGAAUUUUUAGGCACACCCGGUCAGUGGGCACGCUACCUCCGCUGGGACGCCAGCACCCGCGGCGACCUCAGCUUCCAGUUCAAGACGGAGGCGGCGGAGGCGCUGCUGCUGUACUUUGACGAUGGAGGCUACUGUGACUUUCUGCAGCUGUCGGUGGCGGAGGGCCGACUGCAGCUGGGUUUCAGCAUCGACUGUGCCGAGACCACGGUCGUGUCGGACAGGCGGGUGGACGACGGCAGCUGGCACUUCGCCACUCUGAGCAGGUAUAACCUGCGCACAGUGCUGGUGCUGGACGGCCAGGCCAAAGCGGACGAGGUGCGGCCUCAGCGUCUGUUCAUGAAAAUAGUUAGCGACCUGUUCCUGGGUGGAGUGCCUCAGGAUAUCCGCGACGGUGCGCUCACACUGCCUACGGUGCGAAACAUGCAGCCCUUCAGGGGCACAAUUACAGACCUCAAAUACGGCAACUCCCAGCCCCUGUUCCUGGGGAGCCUUAAGGUGCCCCUGGAGUCGGAAGGGUGGUGCACGGCGAACCCUUGCGAGAACGGCGGCACGUGCUCGGUGGUGGACGGAGAGCCGGUCUGUGACUGCUCCAAAACCGAAUACAAGGGCCGCUUCUGCAGCGAAGAGGUCAACAACAAUAUGCCAGGCUUUGCACAUAUGAUGGCAGAACAAGCUAAAAGCAAAGCGAGGGAAGAGAACGUGGCCACUUUCCGUGGCUCAGAGUACUUCUGCUACGACCUCUCCCAGAACCCCAUCCAGAGCAGCAGUGAUGAAAUCACGCUCUCCUUCAAGACGUGGCAGCGCAACGGCCUUAUCCUCCACACCGGCAAGUCAGCCGACUACGUCAACCUGGCGCUGAAGGACGGCGCCGUCUCCCUCGUCAUCAACCUGGGCUCCGGAGCCUUUGAGGCCAUCGUGGAGCCGGUCAACGGGAAGUUCAACGACAACUCGUGGCAUGAUGUCAAAGUGACCCGUAACCUCCGGCAGGUGACUAUAUCGGUGGAUGGGAUUCUGACCACCACUGGCUACACCCAGGAAGACUACACCAUGUUGGGCUCUGAUGACUUCUUCUACGUGGGUGGAAGCCCCAGCACCGCUGACCUGCCUGGAUCUCCAGUCAGCAACAACUUCAUGGGCUGUCUCAAGGAGGUGGUGUAUAAGAACAAUGACAUCCGUCUCGAGUUGUCCCGUCUGGCUCGCAUUGUGGACCCUAAGAUGAAAAUCCAGGGUGAGGUGUCCUACAAGUGUGAGAAUGUGGCCACUCUGGACCCCAUUUCUUUCGAGACUCCCGAGGCCUACAUCAGCCUCCCAAAGUGGAACACCAAGCGGAUGGGAUCCAUAUCUUUCGAUUUCCGCACAACGGAGCCCAACGGCCUCAUCCUCUUCACCCAUGGCAAACCUCAGGAGCGCAAAGAUGCCGCCCGCAGCCAGAAGAACACCAAGGUGGAUUUCUUUGCAGUAGAGCUGUUGGAUGGCAGCCUAUACCUUCUGUUGGACAUGGGCUCAGGGACUAUCAAGGUGAAGGCCACCGCGACAAAGGUCAAUGAUGGUGCCUGGUAUCACGUGGACAUCCAGAGAGACGGACGCUCAGGGACCAUCUCCGUGAACAGCAGAAGGACCCCGUUCACAGCCAGUGGUGAGAGCGAGAUUCUGGACUUGGAGGGCGACAUGUACUUGGGGGGUCUCCCCAAUGACCGCACCAACCUCAUCCUGCCCACCGAGCUCUGGACCGCCAUGCUCAACUACGGCUACGUCGGCUGUAUCCGUGACCUUUUCAUUGACGGUCGAAGCAAAGACAUCCGUCAGAUUGCCGAGGCACAAAAUGGUGCUGGCAUCAAACCCUCGUGCAACAAGCAACCCGGCAAGCAGUGUGAGAGCUACCCGUGCAAGAACCGAGGAGUUUGCAAAGAAGGCUGGAAUCGAUUCAUCUGUGACUGCACUGGCACUGGCUUCUGGUCACGCACCUGUGAGAGAGAGGCUUCCAUCCUCUCCUACGACGGCAGCAUGUACAUGAAGGUGGUGAUGCCGACCAUCAUGCACACCGAAGCCGAGGACGUCUCCCUGCGUUUUCGCUGCCAGCGGGCCUACGGCAUCCUCAUGGCCACCACCUCCCGAGACUCAGCCGACACGCUCAGGCUGGAGUUGGACGGGAGUCGUGUCAAACUCACGGUCAACCUAGACUGUAUCAGGAUAAACUGUAACUCCAGCAAGGGACCGGAGACCCUGUAUGCCGGGCAAAAGCUCAAUGAUAAUGAAUGGCAUACGGUGCGAGUGGUGCGUCGCGGCAAAACCUACAAGCUAACUGUUGACGAUGAUGUAGCAGAAGGCCAAAUGGUGGGCGACCACACCCGCCUGGAGUUCCACAACAUAGAAACAGGCAUCAUGACAGAGCGUCGAUUUGUUUCCAGCAUCCCGUCCAGCUUCAUUGGUCAUCUGCAGAGCCUUAGAUUUAACGGCAUGCUCUACAUCGACCUGUGCAAGAACGGUGACAUUGAUUAUUGCGAGCUCAAUGCCCGCUUUGGGAUUCGUUCUAUAAUCGCCGACCCUGUCACCUUCAAAUCCAAGAGCAGCUAUCUGAGCCUGGCCACUCUACAGGCCUACACAUCCAUGCACCUCUUCUUCCAGUUCAAGACCACCUCCCCGGACGGCUUCAUCAUCUUCAACUCUGGAGAUGGCAAUGAUUUCAUCGCUGUAGAACUGGUUAAAGGAUACAUUCACUAUGUUUUUGACCUUGGGAAUGGGCCCAACCUCAUCAAGGGCAAAAGUGACAGGGCACUGAAUGACAACCAGUGGCACAACGUGGCCAUCACCCGAGACAACAGCAACACCCACACGCUGAAAGUAGACGCCACGGCCACUAGUCAGAGUAUCAAUGGGGCCAAGAACCUGGACCUGAAAGGUGAUCUUUUCAUCGCAGGACUGGGCCCAGGCAUGUACGGCAGCCUGCCUAAACUGGUGGCUUCCAGAGAAGGCUACCAGGGUUGCCUGGCGUCGGUGGACCUCAACGGUCGCCUGCCAGAUCUCCUUAGUGACGCCUUGUUUCGCAGCGGACAGAUUGAGCGUGGAUGUGAAGGUCCCAGCACCACCUGUCAGGAGGACUCAUGUGCCAACAUGGGUAUUUGUAUCCAGCAAUGGGAGAACUACACCUGUGACUGCUCCAUGACGUCCUACACUGGCACUCAGUGCAAUGACCCUGGGACGACGUACAUCUUUGGCAAAGGAGGAGGUCUCAUCACAUUCAAGUGGCCAGCCAACGAGAGACCGAGCACCAGGACAGACAAGCUGACCGUCGGCUUCAGCACCUCCCUGAAAGACGGCAUCCUGGUCAGGAUUGACAGUGCAACCGGUCUGGAGGACUAUCUCAUGCUGCACAUACAACAAGGCAAAAUUGGAGUGACGUUCAACAUUGGCAUAGCAGAUAUCAGUGUGGAGGAGAGCAGUACCCCAGUGAAUGAUGGGAAGUACCAUGUUGUUCGCUUCACCAGGAAUGGUGGCAAUGCUACACUGCAGGUGGAUAACUGGUCGAUCAAUGAACACUUCCCAACAGGGAACAGUGACAUUGAACGCUAUCAAAUGGCCAAUAAGAAAAUUCCUUUCAAAUACGCCAGACCAGUAGAAGAGUGGCUACAAGACAAAGGACGGCAGCUAACAAUUUUCAACACUCAAGCAACAGUCGCGAUCGGUGGUAGUGAUCACAACCGGCCCUUCCAGGGUCAACUGUCUGGCCUUUAUUACAAUGGCCUCAAAGUGUUGAACAUGGCUGCCGAGGGCAACGCCAACGUCAAGAUUAACGGAAGUGUGAGGUUGGUAGGUGAUGUGCCCAGUGUGGCAGGCUCAGCCAGGACCACAGCCUCGUCUCCGGAGAUGUCCACUACCUUCAUUGAGACUACUACCAUGAUGUCCACCACUACCACGCGGAAACACAGAUCCUCCUCAACUGUACAGCAUACAGAUGAAAUUGUGUCAUCUGCAGAGUGUUCGAGUGAUGACGAAGACCUGGAGGAGUGUGAAACUAGCCAUGCAGGUGGGCUAGGAGCUGAGUUAGUCAUCCCAGUACUUCAGGAUCCAUUAGCGCACCCCUCUGUAGCUCCUCGUGCACCCUUCAUUCCCACUCCCUCAACCCACCACCCACUCCUCACCAUUAUUGAGACCACCAAAGAGUCCCUGUCCGAGGCCACUGAGGCGGGGGUACCUUGCUUGUCGGACCGAGGCAGCGAUGAUUGUGAUGAUGAUGGCUUGGUGAUAUCGGGGUAUGGCUCUGGGGAAGCGUUCAAGUCUAACCUGCCCCCUACUGAUGAUGAAGAUUUUUACACGACCUUCUCCUUGGUAACAGAUAAGACCUUAUCCACGUCAGGCUUUGAAGGUGGCUACAAAGCUCAUGCACCCAAGACUUUUAGACCUAACAAAACUUCAAUCUCCAGACGCGGUAGGACUACCACUACCGCCGUACUACUAACCGCAGACCAGAGCCGCACCACCGCCACCUCUGCCUCCACCGCAACCCUCCACAAUGCUCCGGCCAAAGAGCCGGCUGGCAAAAUGAAUAACCGCGAGCUAAAACCCCAGCCCGACCUAGUGUUGCUUCCAUUGCCCACAUCUUUUGAGGUAGACAGCACCAAACUGAGGGGCCCAUUAAUAACCUCCCCAAUGUUCCGUAAUAUACCCACAGCACUCCCCACAGAGCCGGGCGUCAAGCGAGUUCCAGGGCCCUCGGAAGUGGUCCGUGAAUCUAGCAGCACCACCGGGAUGGUCAUCGGAAUAGUGGCGGCCGCCGCCCUGUGCAUCCUCAUCCUUCUGUAUGCCAUGUAUAAGUACAGGAACAGGGAUGAAGGCUCCUACCAGGUGGACGAGAGCAGGAACUACAUAACCAACUCGGCUGUGCAGAGCAAUGGCGCUGUCAUGAAGGACAAACAGCAGAGCUUGAAAGGCAGCAACAAGAAACAGAAAAAUAAGGAUAAGGAGUAUUAUGUGUGACUGUGAGAGACUUUCGUGAAUAUGAGAGAGUGAAGAAAGAAAGCACUAAGAGAACAUUUACUUAUCAGUUUCCUUGCGAGGAGCUAUGACAAAUGAUGGUAUAACAUGGAACUUGAAUAAUCCUAUACUGUGCUGAGUAGUUGAACUGAUGAUACGUACUGUAAUAUAAAGCACACUUACUAUUGUAAGCAUAACGACAAGGCUAAAUAGCAACUUUAGAGACCUUACUCUUCUAUCUGGUCAGAGACAUUAUCAGUAUAGAAAUAUUUCACAGCUACAUCAUUCUCCUAAGUGACUUUUAGAGCUAUGUGAUCCUUGGCAUUAUACAAAAAACACUUUUUUUGUAAAAUUGUUAAUUACAAAAGGCUCGUAAUCUUAUACAUUUUCAGCAUGUAAGCAACAUGUAGUGCUUAACAAGAGGGGGUCAGGCACAGCAUCAUUGUAAAAGUAAAAAAGGACUCUUGUUGUAACAGAGUAUAUGACACAUUUUUAUGGUUUAUACAUAAUAACAAGUGUGGUGUCUAACUUAUUUUUGCUUUAAGCAAAAGGAAAAAAAAUGACAAAAAGAACAGCAAGAAAAGAAAAUGUGUAUAAAAUGAUUCCAAGUGAGCAAAUUUGACACGGGCAGAUCUCCUAAAAAUCUGUUUGCUCUGACAUCUGAUUCACCUCAAUUUUCUUCUCAUUGUUUGACGGACGAAGGGACUUCGCUAAGAGAAGAUUUACUUAUCGGUUUCCUUUCGAGGAGCUAUGACAGAGUGAUGGUACAGCAUGGGAAGAAGUGUCUGGGUUCUCAAGGUAAAAAGCAACUGAUUGUAAAAUGCAUGCCAUCCUAAUUCAACAGUAAAGUCCAGUACAGUAAAAGUCCAGUAUACAGUGUUCGACUCGGACCAUGUUCUCUUAAUUAAUGCCAAACCUUAGCCCCUCUCAAAAAUGUUAACCAUUGAAGAAAAAAACAAUCUCUUAAAAAAAGGUCUAUUUAUUGAUGCACAGCCAGUGGUGGUUUUAUCUUUUCGUAAAACUGUAUGUUGGUUCAUUGCUUGUCAUUCUCAUUUUCUAUGGAGGCGUGAGGAGAACGACAAAUGCAGUACUACGACACUGUUAACAAAUGUGUAUACAGAAAUAAAUCAAAUGUUGAAAGUGUGAAUUCUAUCUGCUGUCACAGUCGACUGUGUCAAAAACAAGAAAUUUGUUUACAUAUUUUAUUACAUGCUAGCUGUUGUACUUUGUAGGUAGGAAAUUGUACAUAUAUACCAUGACAGUUGUAAUUUUUAGUACCUCUAUUGUACAGACUGAUCAUAUGGUUUAUCAGCAUAUUUCAUGACAGAAUUUAUUAACUGUUAAUUUACAUGGAGAAAAACUUUAAUCAGAAUGUGGAGAAAUCAUAUUGAUAUUUCAUAAAGAAUAAAAAUGUAUUGUUAGCAUAGAGAUCUAACCAGAGAUGUUUCUAAAGUUGCAUGAAUAUUUAAUUACUUGCAGUUGUCCAACAAAUACAAGGUGCCCUUCCUUCU